AGUAUGGGGAGAGCACGUGUUGUUGGUAUCGGUGCGCGCGACUCGUACGCCUCCUACGUCGAUUCGCACGAUUCUAUCAUCACCACCACCACCACCACCACCAGCAUCACCACUAUCACUAGCAGUCGGACGGACGUCGUCGGCAACAGUAGCAGCGUCGCCACCGCCAUCGUCGAGAAAUUAUCAUCAUCGUCGUCCUCUGAUUUCGAGAAGGAGGCGAUCAACAGGCCGAAAAUUGCGGUACCCUCGCGUACAACGUGUACAGUGACCGCGAAUGCGAGAUACGUCAGCGUACGUAGCCGGCCCGUCACGAUGUUAUUCGCGGUGAUCGUGUUCCUCGCCGCCGGAACCAGCGCCGAGGUAUUCACCAACACGUUCUUGGUGAAGAUGCGGCAACCAGCGGAAAGGCAUGUCGCUGAUCGCGUGGCCGCCCGGAACGGUUUCGUCAAUCUAGGACCGGUGCUGGGCAGUCGGACGGAAUACCACUUCGUGCACAGAGCUCUACCGCACGCGCGAAGCAAAAGGUCCGUGCCGCACAUGAGGAGAUUGAAGGUGGACCCUUUGGUGCACACAGCUGUUCAACAGCCUGGAUUCAAGAGGGUGAAGAGGGGCUACAAACCGUUGAGCGUGGACAAUCUGGUCCCUGUGUAUCAGAUGAAAAACCCAUCGAGUCUUGGGAACACUGACCCGUCGGACCCGUACUUCCAAUACCAGUGGUACUUGAAGAACACUGGCCAGAACGGCGGUAAACCAAAGCUGGAUCUGAACGUGAAGGCGGCCUGGGCUCAGGGCGUCACCGGGAAGAACGUGACCACGGCUAUAAUGGACGAUGGUGUCGACUAUAUGCAUCCGGAUCUGAAGUACAAUUACAAUGCCAAGGCUUCCUACGACUUCAGCAGCAACGAUCCCUAUCCGUAUCCAAGAUACACGGACGACUGGUUUAACAGCCACGGCACCAGAUGCGCCGGAGAAGUAGCCGCAGCCCGUGACAAUGGAGUCUGCGGUGUCGGGGUCGCGUACGACUCGAAAGUCGCCGGUAUCCGUAUGCUGGACCAGCCGUACAUGACCGAUCUGAUCGAGGCGAACAGCAUGGGACACGAACCCGAUCUCAUAGACAUUUAUAGCGCCUCAUGGGGACCGACGGACGACGGGAAGACCGUCGACGGACCGCGGAACGCGACGAUGAGGGCGAUCGUGCGCGGCGUUAACGAGGGACGACGGGGGCUGGGAAACAUAUACGUGUGGGCGUCGGGGGACGGAGGCGAGGAGGACGAUUGUAACUGCGACGGGUACGCGGCCAGCAUGUGGACCGUCAGCAUCAACAGCGCUAUCAACGACGGCCAGAACGCGCAUUACGACGAAAGCUGUUCCAGCACCCUGGCCUCGACGUUCAGUAACGGCGACAAGGAUCCCAACAUCGGGGUGGCCACCACCGAUCUGUAUGGGAAAUGCACGAGGACGCACAGUGGAACGUCAGCUGCCGCGCCGGAAGCCGCAGGGGUGUUCGCUCUGGCCCUCGAAGCUAAUUCGCAACUGACAUGGCGAGACAUCCAGCAUCUGACAGUGCUCACAUCGAAGAGGAACUCCUUGUUCGACGCGAAAGGACGAUUCCACUGGACGAUGAAUGGGGUUGGACUGGAAUUCAACUACCUUUUCGGAUACGGUGUCUUGGACGCCGGUGCGAUGGUUGCCCUGUCGAAGAAAUGGAAAACCGUGCCGCCACGGUACCACUGCGAGGCCGGUUCCGUGCUCGAACCAGAGGAGGUGACCAGCGACCGAUCGAUCCACGUGAUAUCUGUGAACGCGUCGCGGCGCGGUGAUCUCGAGCUGUUCUUGACUUCGCCGAUGGGCACCAGGUCCAUGAUCCUUAGUCGGAGGGUGAACGACGACGAUCACAGGGACGGCUUCACGAAAUGGCCCUUCAUGACCACUCAUACUUGGAGCGAGUAUCCCCAGGGAACCUGGCUGUUGGAGGUGAGCUUCAACGGUCAGACCCCGCAACACGGUUGGUUCCGGGAAUGGACACUGAUGCUGCACGGAACCAGGGAGCCACCGUACACCGGACUUCCAGCGGCCGAUCCGCACUCGAAGCUCGCGAUAGUGAAGAAAGCGCACGAGGAACGAUCGACCGCGAUGUAA